AUGAAAUCAAGAAAAUGGACUUUAAGAAUGGUUACACAUGUUUUUGAUAUGGCCACAGUCAAUAGUUGGCUAGAAUAUAAAAUGGAUUGUAAGCAUUUGAAUGUUGAUAAAAAACAUAUUAUGGACUUACUGCAUUUCAAAGAGCGUUUGUCUGAAACUCUUAUUUUGGUUAAUAAUAUUGUUGUUAGGAAGAGAGGAAGACCUAGAUGUAGCCCAGUUUCAUCAUCACCAUCACUAUCCUCUACACCAGAAACAGCCAAAAAAAAUAUUAAAAGAAUUGACCAGUGA